GCAAUGCUCGAAACUCUCCAGCCUAUCAAGCCUCCCGCAAAGAUCAAUCUCGAGACAUUCUUCCUUCCUCAUCACCAUAUCAUGUUUAGCUUAGGUCACUUUUCUUUCAUGUCUCCUCCCACAAUGAAUGCUACACGUCUAGCAGCUAACCAAGUGCCUGCGAAUUAUUCCGUCAGCUGCAUCAGCCCUCCCCAUCAUCUCCGGUCGCCCACACCACAGCCGGCCUGCUGCACCUUCAAUUCCUUCCCUGUCAAAAUCACGCAACCAGCUUCCCUCGUGAGAAUGGUGGACGUCAAGCGGCCAUCUCAAUCGAAAAGGUCAUUGGUGGCCACAAGGGCUGGAAUGUUGACGACGCCGAAGGAGAGGGAGGUGGCUGCAGAAGAAGAAGAAGAAGAAGAAGAGGACGGCUGUGGUCUAGGGAUCGUGGAAUUCCUCAGAGAUAAGAACAUGCUUAUCACAGGAACGACCGGCUUUGUCGGAAAACUGCUUAUAGAGAAGAUCCUCCGGAGUCAGCCUGACGUAGGCAAGCUUUUCCUUCUCAUUCAAGGGCCAAACCAAGAGGCUGUGAACAAAAGAUUAAGACACGAAAUAAUCAACGCCAAACUCUUCAAGCGUUUGAAGGGAGUCCACGGGAGUUCUUACGAAGCUUUUAUGCUAAGCAAGCUGGUCCCAGUAGUUGCACAUCUUGGAGAGGACUCUUUGGGAAUGGAGGGAAAAGUGCACAAAGAUAUUGUAGACAAUGUUGACGUAAUUGUAACUUGCGCUGCGAACACGAAGUUUGAUGAAAGGUAUGAUGUGGCUCUGAAUACAAACACCAAUGGGGCAUCGAGGCUGGUAAAGCUUGCAAGAAGAUGCAGGAAACUUAAGGUCUUCUUGCAUGUUUCCACAGCUUAUGUGAAUGGACCGAGAACUGGGCUGUUAAAGGAAAGGCCAUUCUUCCUCGGAGAAAGCAUUGCACGAGAGGAAGCUAUGGCAACACAUUCUCAGGAAAUCCCACCCAUCUUGGAUAUCGGAGCCGAAACAAAGAUAAUAAACGACACUCUGGAAGGACGGGCGGAAAACACGACAUCUCUAACUCCAAGAAUGAAAGAGCUGGGUCUCGAAAGGGCAAAGAUCCACAGCUGGCAAAAUGUUUACUCUUUCACAAAAGCGAUGGGUGAGAUGGUGAUCGGUACCAUCUCAAGCGACCUCCCAACAGUCAUUGUUCGGCCUACCAUCAUUGGAAGCACAAUUCAAGACCCAUUCCCGGGGUGGAUUCAAGGACUCAGAAUGGCAGACCCAGUCAUUAUCUACUACGGGAAAGGCCAAUUUAACGUCUUCACAGCGGAAGGAAAGACUGUUCUUGACAUGGUGCCCGCAGACAUGGUUAUAAACGCAAUCUUGGCCGCAAUGGUAAGGCAUGGAUCAUCAGGCGUUCCUGGCCUGAAUAUUUAUCACGUUGGGACAAGUUCCACAAACCCCCUGCGAGCGGAUGAGCUGUUUAAUCACUGUUAUGAGCACUUUCAUUCCUUCCCUUUGAUUGAUUCACAAGGAAAAUUUGUCCAUAUAGAAAGGAUGAAGUUCUUUGACACACUGGAAGCGAUGUCUUCAUAUUUGUCGGCUGGCGAAAACGGCAGAUUGAAAAAGGCAAAAGACAUGCACAUCUUAAGGAAGCUAUCGGUAACAUAUGAGCCAUACAGUAGUUAUAAAGGAAGGUUUGAUAUCGCAAAUGCAAAAAAAUUGAUGAAGAGAAUGUCGCGAGUGGAGAGAAGCAACUUCACAUUUGAUGUGGCAGCAAUAGACUGGAGGGAUUACAUUGUCAACGUGCACAUUCCUGGUCUACGGAAGCAUAUCAUCAAUGGCGGUGGUUCAUGAGCAAAAUAUUUCACAACCUUUAUGUAUAUAUCAUAUCUUCAUUUACCUGUCUGGUUUCGUUAAGAAACCAUGCCAUUUAGAAGGCUAUGUUGUGCGUUUAACUAAAUUGCAUCUUUACUCUUUCAUGCGUCGGUCGUAUACCAUUGUAAUGCUUGCUAAACGUUGUGCUUCAUGGAACAACAGCUUUGCUGUUUUAGUUAUGAAAUAAAAAUGCUUUGGUUCAAUGA